UUAUGUGAUGAACAAUUACCUGAUGAAUUUUGGGACGAUUAUCGACACAACGUGCCUCACGUUCUGCUCCUAGUAACACAAGGCGCACAGAAGAAGAUUAAUAUCGUACCACCGCCAAGGAUUAAAGCGAUCAUGGCCAAGAUCGUCCAUACGGUAGAGGCUGCAGUCACACGGGCAGAUAAUAGUCUUUUGGCCGCUGGCAAGCCGACAACCUCGUCGGUACUCAAACCUAAUCUCUUAGUCUUGCUGAGCAAGAACUUGAGACGCCGCGAUGCCUUCUCACAGGACAUCCUGGACGUCCUAUUCUAAUGUACUUUCCAAACUUUCUCAAAUUAUGUUCCCUCGAUAUUUAUCAUUAUAUUCAAGUCACACGAUAUUUUUUGCCAUUCUGUAUGUUUUCGUAUUAUUUGCUACUUUUUCUCU